AUGCCCAUUCUGGGCUUCGGCGUGUACCAAAUGCGCGAGUGUGCACAGCCUAUCGCCGCUGCAUUCAAGGCUGGGUACAGGCAUAUCGACUCCGCGCAAAUCUACAGGAACGAAGACCAGGUCGGGGAGGCGUUCAGGGCAAGCGGGUUACCGAGGGAGGCGGUGUUCAUCACUACGAAAGUCUCCAGCCGUAACCAAGGCUACAACAAGACGAUCGCCUCGGUUGACCAAUCGCUCAAGACGCUGGGGCUGGACUAUGUCGACCUCUUCCUCAUUCAUGAUCCACUGUCUGGCAAGGUCAAACGGCUAGAGACGUACAAAGCACUGCUGGAGAAGAAGGAGGCAGGAAAGAUCAGGAGCGUAGGGGUGUCAAACUAUGGUGUCCCUCACCUAGAGGAGAUCAAAUCUGCCGAUCUUCCCGCCCCGACCGUGAACCAGAUUGAGCUCCACCCCUGGUGCCAGCAGCGCCCAAUUGUCGAGUACUGCCAGAAGAACAAUAUCGUCGUAGAGGCCUACAGUCCUCUGACAAGGGGAGACUACCUGAACGAUCCGACAUUGCAAGCAAUUGCCAAAACUCACAACAAGGAACCCGCGCAAGUGCUUAUCCGUUGGUCCCUCCAAAAGGGCUACUCUCCCCUUCCCAAGUCUGCCACGCCCUCCAGGGUCGCCUCCAACGCCGACGUCUACUCCUUCUCGCUCUCGGAAGAAGAGAUGGCGAAACUAGAUGCGCAGGACAAGGCUGAGAAGGGCGCUGUCACGUGGAACCCGGUUAAUGCUGAGUGA